AUGGCGUCAGCAGUCUUCUUUCUCGAUCUCAAAGGCAAAACCCUUCUGGCACGAAACUAUCGCGGAGAUAUUCCUAUGAGCGCGGCUGAGAAAUUUCCCAUCCUGCUGGCCGAAGCCGAAGAAGAGAGCUCCGCCGUACCGCCAUGCUUCAGCGACGAAGGCAUUAAUUUCCUCUAUAUUCGACACAACAAUCUCUACCUCCUGGCUUUGACAAAACGGAACAGCAAUGCGGCAGAAAUACUGCUCUUCUUGCACCGCAUCGUAGAGGUCUUGACAGAGUACUUCAAGGAGCUAGAAGAAGAGAGCAUAAGAGACAACUUCGUCGUGAUCUACGAGUUGAUGGACGAGAUGAUGGACUUCGGUUACCCCCAAACAACAGAGAGCAAGAUUCUGCAGGAGUACAUCACCCAAGAGAGUCACAAGCUCGAUGUUGCACGACCACCAAUCGCUGUCACCAAUGCCGUCAGCUGGAGAAGUGAAGGUUUGCGAUAUCGCAAGAACGAGGUGUUUUUGGACGUCGUUGAAUCUCUGAACUUGCUCGUGAGCAGCACAGGUAAUGUGCUUCGGAGUGAAAUUUUGGGGGCGAUCAAGAUGAAGUGCUAUUUGUCGGGUAUGCCGGAACUGCGAUUAGGUCUGAACGACAAAGUCAUGUUCGAGACUACUGGUCGCGCAACAAGAGGAAAAGCGGUGGAGAUGGAGGACGUGAAAUUCCAUCAAUGUGUCAGGCUAUCUCGCUUUGAGAACGAUCGCACUAUUUCUUUCAUUCCUCCAGAUGGUGAAUUUGAGUUGAUGAGCUACCGACUCAACACUCAGGUAAAGCCACUGAUCUGGGUCGAGUGCAUUGUUGAGUCACAUUCGGGCAGCAGAAUAGAGUACAUGCUCAAGGCAAAAGCACAGUUCAAGCGAAGAAGUACUGCCAACAACGUAGAAAUCAGCAUUCCAGUACCAGACGAUGCAGACUCGCCGCGUUUCCGCACGAACAUCGGAUCAGUCCACUACGCCCCAGAGACUUCCUCCAUUGUAUGGAAGAUUAAACAAUUUGGCGGUGGCAAGGAAUUCCUCAUGCGGGCUGAAUUAGGCCUGCCCAGCGUCAAAGGCGAUGAGGAGCGUGGAGGUGGCAUGAUGGGAGGCUUUGGAGGCAGCAUGGGUGGCGUCGGAGGGACUGGUAAGGCAAAACGACCAAUCGGGGUCAAAUUUGAAAUUCCAUAUUUCACGACCAGUGGUAUUCAAGUGCGGUACCUCAAGAUCAUCGAGCCCAAGCUCCAAUAUCCUUCGCUACCGUGGGUGCGGUACAUCACACAAAGCGGCGACAUUGCAGUCCGUUUGCCAGAUGUGCAAUAA